UUUAGAAGACAUCAUGAUGCUACAAAAAAUAGCAAAAGAAAAUAACAUGGAAUAUAUCCCUCUCAUUCAAACUUUUGGUCAUUUCGAGUUUGUUUUGAAACAUGAGAAGUUCGCUGACUUAAGAGAAGUGCCACAGUAUUCACAGUCAUUGUGCCCAUCAAGGCAAAAUUCUCUUGAGAUUAUUCACUUAAUGAUCGAUCAAAUCAUGUCAACGCAUCCAGCAAGUAAAUAUCUGCAUAUUGGUGCUGAUGAGGUGUAUGCUCUAGGAAAGUGUAAUAUAUGCACAGGAAGACUGGAAACAGAGUUCAGUGGUGAUUUACAAAGUUUAUUUUUGAGUCAUGUAACUGCUGUUUCACGGUACAUUAAAAAGAAGUAUCCGGCUACUGUAGUUAUUAUGUGGGAUGAUAUGCUGCGUAACAUUAAUACAACAAAAGGGGAGGGGUGUCAGAAGGAGUUGCAAACAAUGGUGCGGAUUGCUGCUAACCAGACGGAGUCGAAAACAAAUAGAGAAUCAGUAGCAAGUCAGAGGAGUUUGCCAACAAAGAGUGACAGAAUAACCAACAAAAAGAGACUGGGUGUUGCCAACUAG